GACCUACAAAAUACAGACUUCUUCUGUGACAAUAUUGAAAAAGAGAAAGAGUGCUUACAUAGAAAAUGGGAGGAUCUAGCUUGCAACAAUACAAAGAUUGAAGCCAUAGAAAUUUUGGAAGUUGCACGUACUGAAAAAAAAAA